UUAAAUUCUCAUCUCAACUCACGCAAUUCCCAUUCAAGUCUGAAACAGUGAGUAAAAAUCAGUGUCCACACUUGAAUCUCAAAAACCCAAUUGAACAACAACAUCCCAAAUCCCAGCUAUAAUCAUCCCUUUUCCAAUUCAAUUCAUACUCACACUCUUCCAAUUUCCCUUAGCAAUCCAGUAAUUCAACAAUUGAUAAUAAAUGACAGCAACACCGAUGCCAGGAAACCCUAAUUUAGACGGAAAUCUUCCGCCGUUACCGCCGCCUCCGGGAACCGAUAUGACCGGAAUAAGCUUCAGAGAUCAACUAUGGCUCAACACUUACCCUCUUGAUCGUAACCUUGUUUUCGAUUACUUCGCUUUGUCACCGUUUUAUGAUCGGACUUGCAACAAUGAACAAUUGAGGAUGAAUUCCAUUCACCCUCUUGACCUUUCUCAUCUUUCGAAGAUGACAGGCCUUGAGUACUUGCUAAAUGAAGUUAUAGAACCAAACUUGUUCGUUAUUCGUAAGCAAAAGAGGGAUAGUCCUGAGAAGGUUACGCCAAUGUUGACGUAUUAUGUGUUGGAUGGUUCCAUUUAUCAAGCCCCGCAGCUUUGCAAUGUUUUCAAUGCAAGAAUUGCGACAAAUGAAAAUCUUCCACCAAAUGUUAUUAGGCAGCUUGCAAAAGAGUUAAAAAAUCUUGAUGAAACACCUCCGAAAGGAAUCAAAGUGGGCGUUAAUGAUGAUGAUUUUACAACUAUUUUUGCUGAUAUAGAUGGUCCAGCUGGGACCCCAUACGAAAAUGGUGUUUUCCGCAUGAAAUUGAUCUUAUCAAGCGACUUCCCCCAUACUCCUCCCAAAGGUUAUUUCCUUACCAAAAUUUUCCAUCCAAAUAUCUCAAAUAACGGUGAAAUUUGUGUCAACACCUUGAAAAAGGACUGGAACCCCACUCUAGGAUUGCGACAUGUUCUUUUAGUUAUAAGAUGCUUACUCAUAGAACCUUUCCCGGAGUCGGCUUUGAAUGAGCAAGCUGGCAAGAUGCUUCUUGAAAACUAUGAGGAGUACGCGAGGCUUGCUAGACUGUACACAGGAAUUCACGCCAAGCCGAAAUCUAAAAUAAAGCCUGGAGCUAUUUCAGAGUCAACCACAGCUUUGAACGUUGAUCAACGAAACAAAACAUCAGCUCAAACUGUCGAUCCAAAGAACAAGUUAGUGAGUAGUGGUGCUCUAUCACCAUCCCCCGUUGCCCCAUCAACGGCUAGCAGCAAGGCAACGAGCCUUCAAGAUCAGCUUAACGGUGCCAUUGCUUCCGUUCCACCCUCUAAUGAGGGUGGAGCAGCCGGGUCAUCAGCUGCACCUUUAGCAGAAAAGAAGAGUGGUAUGCUGAAAACGCAUGUAGAGAAAAAGAAGAUCGAUGCUAGAAAGAAAAGCUUGAAGAGAUUAUGAAGAAGGUGACGGUCUUAUUUUGUGCCUUAAUUUGGUCGGUUUAACUCUUGCGUGGCCCCGUUCUGGUAAUGUAAUUCGUCUCUAUGCAAUUGUCACAUUCGUCUACGCAAGAGGGAGCUCCAUAGACUAGUUGCUUUGACAUAUUGUAAUGAACCAUGUAUCUUGGAAUCUUUUGUCAAUUGAGCUCAUUAUCCUUCCCUUCUGCUAAA